AUGGCGGCAGCUCGGCCCUCUUCAACGUCUCCAGCACACCGCGCUCUAUCGGACAGGUUGAAGGCGCAGUUCCAAGACCCCGAUUCCGACGACGACGACGCGAAUGCGUCGCAAGAUUGGUUUGUCAACGACGUCAGGGAAGCCACGCCAGUUAAAGACAACACCCACGUUCAUGUGGAGCAUGGUACUCACCAAGAACCCGCGCACGAUAAGAAACCUCCAGUGUCCCCGUCCCUGUCGCGGAAGCACAGCUCGUUUUCCGAGACCGAGGAAACGGAAGCAGCUCUGGUCAAAACCAAGACUGGAUUCAUGCACCUGCGCCCCCUCGUACCAAGCGUACUCAUCAUGGAACUGUGCAAGUCCGACGCGACCAUGGCCAAACACUACGGCACCAAGUACUUUAAGAUUUACUUACCCCAGAUUGUCGACUCCCAAGUCGACUUUUGCCUCGUCGGUCGGAAGCGGCCCAACAAAAACAAGAUUCGGUUUAGUCUAAGCGAAACCAACAUGUCCAAGUGGAGCAAUCCGUCGUACGUGGGCAAGCUCUCGAUCUACAAGACGCCCCGUGGCCACAAGUUUAAGAUCGUGUGCCCCAAGCGAAAGCAGCGCACCGUGUUUACCAUCGAACAAGACAACCGAAAAGUCGAGCUCGUCGUGCACUUUCACGUCCAACAUCACCUAGCUCAUCUCUUUCAACUGAUCAAGCCGCCGUCGACGCCCAACGAUCCUGCAAACCCACCGACCGUGUCGUGCUUGUUACAGAAGUUUAUUAACCCGGUCGCGGACGUUCGCGCAUCUUGUUCCGCGACUCCGUCGUUGCUUCAAAUCGAUCGGGAAGGGGUGCGUGCGCUUCGGCCAGCUCGCGUCAACGCCAUGAUCGCAUUCGACGGAUCAUUGUGAUGUGUAGGACGCGGCGUACGGGAAGCACAUCAUCUCGUACAUGCGACCGUUCUCCAUGUUCACCAGCGCGUGCAUUGCCGUCGCGAUGGAGGCACAUCAGCUGGACCCAUAACACGUACGAGCCAAUGUUCAUCCCGACCUGUCGCCUUCCCGAUGCGGCCGUACGUUGGAGCGUCGUUGAGAGCACGUCCAGCGAGCGCGCUCGAUACCUGCUAGUUUAAGG